UGUUUAUUUGAAAUCUUUGCUAAUGAUCUGUGGUUAUCGCUUGCGUCGUAAUCGUACAAGAUCAGAUUUCAAAGAUGGAUUUCAUUUUGAAAAUUGCGGGAUAUGUUGAAGAUAUUAUUCUUUCUUCGUGGACCGAGACGUUUUUGCAAAUACUUUUGCGUGCAUUUUUCUUCGUUCUGGAUAUUCUACAGGACUUUUCCUUGACUGUUUUAACUGGUUCAAUGCAGAUUUCUGUGAAACUUACAGGUGUUGCGUUAUUAGAAGUGUCUUUUCAGCUAAUCAUAACGUAUGUCAACACAUGGGAAGAUAAACACCCAACUGACGAUCUUCCAAUUGAAAAGGAGGAUGUUUCUAAAAGUGUAGCGAGCCAAACUUGUGGCCCGUGGCAGAAGAAAAUUCGGAGUAAGGAGCGCGUUUAUUCUGAACUCCUGGGCUUCUUUGCCAACAAGACUUCAAUAUUAAAGAGAAGGCGUCAGAUAUUGCUUAGAAAAGGAAAACUCAAAGUCAACCAUUUGACAAAAGAGUAUGCCGGGAAAAAGAAGCUUCUGUCCGGCGUAUGCCACCGUCUUGUAAAUACCGGAGUCGAAAUCGAUCACCUCAGUCACCGUAUUCGGGAAAAGCGACACCUACUGGACAACCGCAGGCUACAGAAUAGGGAGGUAAUCAAGCGUUACGAGGAGCUCAAUCAACAGCUCAACUCCUACCUCAACAACGUUCUCCAUACUCAACAGCAGGUUCCCGUUGAAGAGGUUCGACCAGAUAUACCCGCUGUGUGAAAACGUAUGAAAACAAAAUGGUGCAGGCAUUUUGUGAUGGAUUUGAUGAC